AUGGUCGCUCAGCUUUACGUGCAGGGCUUGACGUCAACUGAUGUCAAAAACAAAAGCAAUGCAAAUGCCAUGACCGGAAUACAGAUCUUCUUUGGAAUUCUCUAUCAUGGCUUCAGAAUCGGAAUGCAAUUGGUUAUAGCGUCUUCUGUGAAAGAGGACGCGAAAAGUGAUCGAUCGAUCACUAUAAAUCAAUUGGUGUUCGAAUUAUUUGCCAAUAUCGGAAGCCUGUUCAACUGCGCUCUCUACUAUUGGGUUUUGAAGGGAUUCUUCACGGUCGAACGGCGUCAGUCGAAUGUUAUUCCGAUCAUUGGCUGCAAUUCGACGCCAUUGAACUCAUCGCCAAGCCCGCAAGUCUUCUCCCGUCGUCCAUCGACGAUUUCGGUGUAUUGGCCAUGUCACAGUCCAAUACCGAUGAGUUCACCAGCUGAUCCGAACCUAUUGCAUAUUUAA